AGAAGAAACUCCAGGCCGCAGGAGGUAGUUGGGUCGACGAGCUCCCCAACAUCCUGUGGUGCUACAGAACCACGCCGAGGAGGGCGACAGGUGAAACGCCUUUCGCCCUAUGCUACGGCUUUGAGGCAAAGGCGCCCACGGAAGUUGCCAUCUCCAGCCGACGGGUGGAACAAUACGAGCCUGACGCCAACAAAGAAAACAUGAAGAUUGACCUACACUUGGUCGAUGAGAGGCGUGAGCAAGCUUACGUCCGAGCAGAGAACUACCGGCGUCAAGUAAAAUCAUACUAUGACGCCAAGGUACGUUCCCGGUAAAUUUCAGGUGGGGGACGAGCAGUUUUGGAGAGAAGAGCAGUUUUGGCCGCUUCACGAGUAUCUAGACGCUCUAAUAUCCUGUGCUUUACAUCUUCUGGCAGGUGACUUAUUAGAUCCGACGUAGGUGUUCUUCGAAGAGAAGGAUGGGUAGCCAUUAGAUCGAAAAUAGCUUGUAAAGAUGCAGAGUUACAAAUUCAUCAGGUGAGAACUCGAGCUGCGGCAAAACUAGCGUCAUGAGGCAUCGAUUUAGCACAUUUAUUUACUUUCAGAGGAAGGCGGAAAAAUUAAUACUCUCUCAAUUGCUGCUGCUGCUCCUAAAUGACCAAUUCCGGGCUGCUCCGGAUGGUUUUAGUCUUUGACUUCCAGGACUAGCGGCGGCUAAUGGCUGUGAAAAAAAUUAAAGGGCUAUCGGGCCAAAGAAGGCCCAAUGACCAGCAGCCUGCAGCCGAAAUCCAAUGGUCUUUUAUGUUCCAGUCUCGAGUCUUCAACUCUUCGUCCCUGCGCCUUCCGCCCCUGCGCCUUGCGCAAGCAGUGAAGCAACCAAGCACAAAAAGUAGCAUCGCCACACCGGACCGUCAUCUUCCAGCUCGCCGACCGCCGUUCUUUCGCCGCCCGCCCCUGUGACAGUGUG